UGCAGACUGAGGCUCAGGCGGCGGCGCUGGAGGCCGAGCGGGAGAGCCGCGGCCGCGGGUAGCGGUUUGGGGGGUUCCCACUUUCCUUCGCCUCUUCAGACGGUUCUUCGGCGCGGAUUCGGGCCCAGCGAGCUCAGCCGCUAGCCAUGGACUCCCAGAAAGAAGCUCUACAAAGGAUUAUUUCAACUCUGGCAAAUAAAAAUGAUGAAAUUCAGAACUUUAUUGAUACACUGAAUCAUACAUUAAAAGGAGUUCAGGACAAUUCCUCUAACAUCCUUUCAGAGUUAGAUGAAGAAUUUGAUAGUUUGUACUCUAUAUUGGAUGAGAUGAAAGAAAGGAUGGUUAGCAGUAUCAAGCAGGAACAAGCUCGUAAAUCACAAGAGUUACAGAGUCAGCUUAGUCAAUGUAAUAAUGCCCUGGAGAACUCUGAAGAACUACUAGAAUUUGCAACACGGUCACUAGAUAUAAAGGAACCUGAAGAAUUUUCAAAGGCUGCCAGACAGAUCAAGGAUAGAGUCACAAUGGCAUCAGCCUUUCGCCUUUCUUUGAAACCAAAGGUCAGUGACAACAUGACUCACUUAAUGGUGGAUUUCUCUCGGGAAAGACAGAUGCUGCAGACUUUGAAGUUUUUGCCAGUUCCCAAAGCUCCAGAGAUAGAUCCAGUAGAGUGUUUGGUGGCUGACAACUCUGUAACAGUAGCAUGGAGAAUGCCAGAAGAAGAUAAUAAGAUUGACCAUUUUACACUGGAAUAUAGGAAAACAAAUUUUGACGGACUUCCACGUGUAAAGGAUGAGAGAUGCUGGGAAAUAAUCGAUAAUAUUAAGGGUACUGAAUAUACACUAUCAGGUUUAAAAUUUGAUGCAAAGUAUAUGAAUUUCAGAGUUCGAGCUUGUAACAAGGCUGUGGCUGGAGAGUAUUCUGAUCCAGUGACUCUAGAGACCAAAGCACUUAACUUCAAUUUGGAUAACUCAUCGUCCCAUUUGAACCUGAAAGUUGAAGAUACCUGUGUAGAGUGGGAUCCUACUGGAGGAAAAGGUCAAGAAACUAAAAGUAAAGGAAAAGAGAACAAGGGCAGUGUCCAUGUUACUUCACUGAAGAAACAUACAAGAAGUGGUACGCCAUCCCCCAAACGGACAUCUGUAGGCUCCAGACCACCAGCAGUAAGAGGCAGCAGAGAUCGUUUUACUGGGGAAUCAUACACAGUGCUGGGAGACACUGCUAUUGAAAACGGACAACAUUAUUGGGAGGUCAAGGCCCAGAAGGACUGUAAAUCCUACAGUGUGGGAGUAGCAUACAAAACUUUGGGGAAAUUUGACCAAUUGGGAAAGACAAACACUAGUUGGUGUAUCCAUGUCAAUAACUGGCUACAAAACACAUUUGCAGCAAAGCAUAAUAAUAAAGUCAAAGCCUUGGAUGUUACUGUUCCUGAGAAAAUAGGCGUAUUUUGUGAUUUUGAUGGAGGUCAACUCUCUUUCUAUGAUGCAAACUCAAAACAAUUGUUGUAUUCCUUUAAGACAAAAUUUACUCAGCCUGUGCUUCCUGGUUUUAUGGUUUGGUGUGGUGGACUUUCUUUGAAUACUGGGAUGCAGGUUCCAAGUGCUAUUAGAACACUUCAGAAAAGUGAAAAUGGAAUGACUGGUUCAUCUAGCAGCCUGAACAAUGUUACUCAGUAAUGCCUACUCAGAAAAUAUUUACCCCCAUUUUGAUUGGGAGACUUCUUCUGUGUAGUUACAAAUCACAGAAAUUUCUGAGUGGUGCAAAUCAGGUUUGCUACCUUCUGCUUUAAGGCCUGGAAUCUAUUAGCAUUAUGAGUCUAGUAUGAAGCAUUUGCAGAAACUUACCGUGCAAUUUCGUAGAAACAAGCAGAUAUCGAGCAAGAAACUGACAUGUUGAAGAAUAAAUGGGAAAAAAGGCAGUGUUUAAAUUUUUACAUAGAAACUUAUUUUUGUGUUUCUUGGAUUUUUUUUUGGGGGGGGGGCUCUUCUAAUAUGUCUAAUUACAGAUGGCAACUGUAGAACCUGGGGUGGAAAGCUUUUAAACGUUGCCUUUUUUCUCUGUGCUUUUUCUUUUUUUUUUUAAAUCUAAUAAUUACCUAUUAUUCAGUUCUUACACUGAAGCUUUAAAAUAUACUGUUCUUUUAGAAAUUGAGAUCAUUGAUUGAGGAUGCUAGAAAGGUUUUCUUAUAAUGGUUUAUUUUUCCCCUUUUAUAAAUUUGUUGAGUUUUGCCAGAUUAUCUCUUUUGUUUGUUGACUACAUUGUAUAUAACUUUCUCUUUUCCAAAAUUGUGUAAUAUUUCCCUUAUGGUUAUAAAUCAAAAUAGAGAGUACAUAGGGAGCGUUUUUAGAUGUAAUAGCGUAAACCCAUUGCUGUUGAGUUGAUUCUGACUCAUGCAACCCUACAGGACAGAGUCAAACUGCCCUGCAGGGUUUCCAAGUCUGUAAUCUUAAGAGAAGCAGACUGCCACAUCUUUCUUCUGUGGAGCAGCUGGUGGGUUUAAACCACCAACCUUUCGGUUAGCAGCUGAGUACUUAACCACUGUGUUACCAGGAUCACCCAAAUUUCAGUUCUGCACCUGUUGCACUAAAAGGGUGACAAGGGGAUAUUCUUUAUAUGCUACCCUGCUUAAUUAGACUUCUUUUCAUUCAGUCACUUUGGAUGAUGGGUAAGAUUUUUUUUUAAGCUUUCAAUUUUCUGACUUUGUUGCCAAGUUUAAUCCCACUUUGAGUAGUCAUCUUUGAUAAAAUUCCCAGUUGAAUUUGGUAAGAACUGUUAAUAGUUAUACUGAUUUUUAACAUUUUUAAUAGGAGUAAAAUUUUAUUAAAGUUAUAUUGAGGGUAGAAAAACCUACCCUGUUCACUUUUUUUCUUAGAAGGGCAGGUUAUAAAGGGAGAUGCUUAAAAGUAUUCUGUACUGAAGUAAUUUGUAUCUGCUUUUUUAAGAUAUGAAAUUGUUUUGAAAAAAAAAAAAAAAGUACAUGAAGUUUUCAAACAUGACCAUCCAGAGGUUAUUUUCCUCUCACUUCUUUUGCUAUGAAAAGGGGUAUGAUUCUUCCAGCAAUCAACACAGAAUAAUCUUUCAUAAACUAGGGGAAAAUGUGUAAAAUAACUAGGAGUAAAACCUGUAGUUAUUGACCAGAACGUAUCUAUUCUUAAAAAGUGAAUUAAAACUUGUAGCCCAAGUCCUUUAAACCAAACAGAAAGUUGUGAUUACAGUAUUUAAGAAUUCCUUGAGCAUUUUUAAGAUAUCUGAAUUUUUAUUUUCCUUAAUUUUUUAGACUUAAUUUUCCUCCUUGACUUUCUUUGAUUCUCAUUUCAAAUGUCUUGUGCUGUGACAGCCUUCUCCAGUAAGUGCCUGUUGCUGCCUGCAUUGGAGUUGCUUUCACAGACAGACAUGUGGGGAAUAGUGGUAGCUUCUUCUCUCUUCAGGUUUACUGCUUACUGACGGGCUGUUGUGUUCUGUUGGUAAAACAAAUCUAAAUGAGAAAUUUCAUUUGAACUGGAGUAUAAUUUUUCCAGAGGAAAUUUUUAUCUUCACUGUUUUCUGAUGAUAUGUUGGUAACUUUAAAGACUGUAAGGAAGUUUAGAGAAUUAAAAUAUGCCCAUAGGUAUUCUUUUCAUUCGCAAAUAUAAUUUCAGUUUUUAUUCCUCAGAGAACCUUGAAAGAAAUUUUUUUAUGUUCUGUUCCCUAUAGUGGGAUUAUUCCAGGACUUAAAGAAGCAGGAAUUUAUAAUCCCUUUUCAAUAGAAUUCAACCUGAAACGGUAAUGUAGUGGUCGAGCUGCUUUAUGUGAACAGCUACAGAGUUCUCUUUAGCAAACAUGACAGAAAAAGCCAGAAGCUCUUGUAUACAGUUUUUAUGAUUAUGUCUUAUAUAUUAUAAAUGUAUCUUCUGAUUAAUUCAGUGCCUUCUUCCUCUAGGCAUGCUCUUGCUCCAUGCCCCAUGCAGUGUCAACUGAUACUUAAGCCAGAAAGCACUGUAUUAUACUGGUGAGGGCCUUCUAUUGCAGGGGGUUGGGGGAGAUAUUAAUCAGGUGCUGGAGGAGUGCAUGUGAUUCUCCCUGUGCUCAUACCAUCGUUUGAGACCUUGCACAUGGGCUUUUCUAAUAUUCAUAAUGUAGGGUCCACUAUGAGUCGGAAUUAACUCGACAGCAACGGCUAUGUAUAAUAUUCGUUUGGAAAAUACAUUAAUCUCACUAGGGAGGUUUCGUUUCUCAGAGGUUUUGUAGUAAUAAAUACAAAUUUAGUAAAUCCAGACUCCACGUUCUCAUCGCAUGUGAUCCUUGGUAUUAAAUUAUAAUAUUAUUACUUCAAAAUAAGAAUCUGAGGCUUUUCUCUUCCUCUGCUUCUCCUUUGUUUGAUGCUUCUCCUUAAAGGUCUCUAAAGAACAGAAUGUAUGAGGUUUUUUUGUUUUGUUUUAAGUUUAUUUGCUUUUAAGUUAAACUAGCAAAAGUUUGCCACCCUCAUUUUUAAACUGGAAAAUAAUCAAUUGUAGUGCCUAUUUAAAUAGUCUCCAAAUAAGGUUGCUAUUAACCUGACCAUAAUACAUAACAUUUUCAUUAACAUUUGAAUUAAAUUUAAAAGUUUUGGGCCCUUUUGCUGAAUUUAAUACUUUGUAAAAAGUUAACCCUUUAAGGUAUUUUUUAUUGCUUUAUUUACUCUUUGUUUUGACAGAUCAAACAUGAUUGCUUUCUAUAAAGGAAAUGCAUGAGAGGUUGACUGUAAUGGGUGUAUGACAGGAGUAAGACAUGUUUGAUUAAAACAUGCAUUUAGUAUUGCAUUUUUCUUCUAACAGUUGCAUCCCAAACCAGUUUUAGUAAACUGCAUAAGGAAAUGAAGGAGCUGCCUUAAGCACUUUAGAAAAAGAAUUUUUUAUAAUUCAUUUGGACUUUUUGGACUCACCAUAUCUUUAACUUGGUACACAUAUACACCAGGCAUUUCAUAACUGAAUGCAUAUGGUGGGUUAACAUACAGUGAUUCUUCGUAUGCUCCAGGAGUUAGGUUAAUAAAGUCAGAGUAUUAGGGGCAUAUCUAUCUGAACAUUGUUUUAAUUGAUGGCAUCUGUACCAUUUUGACAAACAUGAACUGCUGUAUGGUGGGGACUUGCCCUGCUUACUCUAUUCUGCCAACAGUAAUUUCUCCCCAUGUUUUCAUCUAAAGAGACAUAUUGGUUUGCUUAUAUUUACUUAUUUAUAAAAUUAAUGCAUGAAUGGUAUCAUGUAUAAUUUGUUUUUUUUUAGGCUCAUCCUUGGUGGUAUAAAUAAUAAAAGUAAAUAUUUGUAAUGAAAUAUUUUAAUUCGGCUGAUGUUCUAUUUCAUGACUUACCUAGCAUAAUUAGUUUUUCCCUAUAUACUUUUCCCAUAAAAUUAUAGUUAUUUAUAUAUUUUUAAUUGUUUCUUUUGGCACAAUUGGGAGAAAACUUUGGAAAAGGAUAUAUAUGGGAAAUGUUUAUUUCAAAGAGUAAUGAUUUUAGAAGAGGAGAGUAUAGACUUAUUACUCUAAAAUGUGCGAUGCCAUACUUAAAAAAAUUAGGGACUGUGUUUUAAGAUCAUCAAGUAUAUUUAAUAGUUCUGAAGAAAAAAAUGUUAGAGCAGUGUUCAUUCAUGGGUAAUUCAUACAACAAAUAUCUGAGUGUCAGUGAUGUGGCAGUCAAAAUUUGAUUACCAUAUCUUUGCAAAUAACACGCCCAUGUAAAUGAUGUGCACACACAUAGCAUGCUUAUGACACUUGCAUUAUCUGUGUAAAAAUAUGGUACUUUGUAUUCAGAUUUCCCAAACUAGUGAAGUUUGACUUAUUGUGUGGAUAGUUUUGCUGCUGUUGAGUGGUAUAACAAAGUUUGCAUCUUAAAAAUGAUGUUUUGCUAGUAAGUCAGAAAAUGAAAAAAGUAAAUUUGUUAUAGUUUGUAAAAAAAAAAAUUCUAACCGAAUGUAAUGUAGUUCACUUUAUACAGUCACCUAAAAUUGGGUUUGAAAAAGUUUCUUCCUUGAUUUUAUUUUUAUAGUGGAUGUAUUCUUUUAGGAAAGUGUAUGGCCAACCUAAGUUUACUAAGCAUCCAGGUAACAAUAAGUUAUUCCAGCUAUGUUUAACCAAAAUUGACAUUUCAUAAUGUGGGCACUGAAACAUUGUAAGAAAUCAUGAAUGUUUUCUUAAUUAUCACAGAAAGAUUACCUCAUAUUCAGAAUAGUUUUACUUUUGUGUGUAUCUUACAGUAUUCACAUUCUAAAAAUAUUUAUGAUCUUGACAUGUCACAUAUGAUAACUUCAUUACCUGGAAUCUUUGAUUAACCUAAAUACUCUAAGAAUUUUGAGUAAGUUAGAGUUUAAAUGGGUAACAGUUGGUGUAUAUUGUUUUUCAUCCAAAAGAGACUGUUGAGCAUACCAGGUACAAGUUAAUACUGAUUUAUAAAUAAAUACCAGAAAUUGCCAUAGUACUUUUCUCCUCAGACUACCCAAUUAUUAAACUGAAGCAGUAUUUGUUAUUUCUGAAUCAAUAUGAGAUACUAACUUUUGAUUAAAAUGAUUUAAGCUAAGUUAGUUUAAACUGAUACGUUUUCUUAAUGGCACCUGUUCAAUGUAAGUGGGUCCUUGGGAAUGGACAUGUAGAGCAUUUCUCAGUAUGUAGGCAGAAGGUAGGUGAAUGUGUUUGUUUUGGCUUGGAGCUUAUUAAGUUUACACCAAUUUUAAAAUAAGUCAAAUUGUAAGCGAUUGGUAAAGGCAUCUUUAUUAGUAUCAGAACUUUUCAGAGAGCAAAGGCUUAAAGAAUGCAUUUUUUUUUUCACAUUUCCAGUAUCUCUGAGGUACCAAAGCAAUGAGUCUAAUUUACCUUUAAAAUCAAAUUUAUAAUGAGUUCAUGUAAUAAGAUAUAUAGGAGCUAAAUUUUUGAAACAAUUUAUAUUAAAAACCACUAGUCUUUAAAAUCUCUGGAUUUGAUAUAAAAAAGAUUUUUGCUUCAUCUCUUUUAAAGUACUUAAAAUUAAUCACCUUAGCUCUACCAUGUACUAUAUUUAUGACUUCUGUAUAAGUCAUUUGUUUUCUUUACCUCCACUGCCUUACCUAUAAGAUAAUUAUAAUUCGUUUAGCCUACCUCACAGGGCUGUUGUGAGGAAUAGAAUAGAAUGGAGUGUGCGGAAUUGCUUCAAAAACUCUAAAAUGCUAUGUACAUGUAAGGUAUUAUUUUUAGCUAAUGGAGUUUAAGUGUUUGGGUGCUUCUCCAUGCCAUUUACUUUGAUAAAGCAUGUACUUAAAAGUGGUUAUCACCAGUGAUUUCAAACAAGAUUAAAAAGAAAAAAAAUUAUGAAAGGCUUAAAUAAACAGAAUUGAAAAUUGCCAAUUAAAAUGUCCUCUAACAUUCAUUUAGCUUGUGCAUGAUCUGUGGCCUUUUUGUAUUCUGUCAGCAAGCCCGUUACCCUGUAACAGGAGUUGUUAGAGCUAUAAAAUUACUCCCAUAGCAUUGUGUGUUAGUGUGGGAAAGUAGCAUAAAUAAACAACUAAAUUAAGCUACGUCUCCAUCCAGGCGUUUGCACUUUGAAUUUAGGACUGCCCAGUGCCGCAUACAAGGACUGACUUUGGCCUAAAUAAUUCCAAACAACCAAAUGGCUCAGCAGUUUGUUGUCAUUGGAUAAGGUAUGCCGACUGAACAUUGGACAACUUCGUUGCAUUGUCAUUUUUCAAAAUAAGAUGAAACCUUGUUAGUUAGCCUGGGUAUCAUUUAGUAUCUCUCCUAACAUACUUGUUUUGCUUUAAAAUUGGAUUUAUAAACGUUUUACAGGUUGUCUUAAUCUACAUAUUAUUUUGUAUGUCUGUUAUUUUUUUGUUAUUUGGACAGAAACCCUGGUGGCAUAAUGGUUAAGAGCCAUGGCUGCUGACCAAAAGGUCUAGCAGUUCGAAUCCACCAGGCGCUCCUUGGAAAACCCUAUGGGACAGUUCUGCUCUGUCCUGUAGAGCCACUAUGAAAUCAGAAUCAACUGAAUGGCAACAGGAUUGGUUUUGGGUUCAUUUUUUGGACAUGGCUUUGCUAUGCAGUUCUGAUAAUAAAAUUUUUAAUUCCUCAGGUUUUACCUUUAAUUUAUUGACGAAGAAAAUUUAUAAACUACUUACGAUGUACUCAGCACUGCAAAAAAAAAUAGUUAUAAUAAGCAUAUUGACUCAUUUUCCUUAGAAAUAAGACAAAGCCUUUAAAAUGGUUUUUUAACCUUAAAAUAGAGGUAUUCAAAGUGGAAUAACUUGUAUGCUGAAAUGACUGUAUGCUCUGUAUAGAUAUAGCUGAGUUAAACUGUACAAAAGCACCUGGAAUGUGUCAUCUAAAAAAUAAACUUUUUUCCUGCUUUCUUUUGCAUUAGUAUUUGCAUUUGUCAACUCUUUUAUUGAAUAUCUACAGUGUGCUGUUGGGGAAGAGAAGAUUAAGAAGUCAUAGUUCCUUUGCCCAAAGAGCUUAUGCUUUAAAAUACUGCUUUUCAACAGAAUUUUAUGCAGUGAUAGAAGGUUCUAUAUUUGCAAUGUCCAAUACAGUAGCCAUUAGCCACGGACAGCUAUUGAACACUUUAAAUAUGGCUAGUGUGACUAAGAAAAUCAAUUUUUAAUUUUAAUUAAUUUAAAGAGCCACAUGUUGCUAAUAACUACUGUUUUGGAUAGUGCAACUAUAGAUGGAAACAUGUUGUAAUAACUAUAAUAUAAAUUAGGAACUUAAUUUCUGUUUUUGGAGCUUGUCAUACCUUGGCUUACAUUUUGGUAGAUGGCAGCUAAAAGUCAGAAUUGGGACCCAAGCCCUUUUAAAUUAAAUUUGUACUCUAACUUGAGACCCGUGUAAGAGAAAAAAGAAUUAUCGGUCAAUGACUAGAUGAGACUGGAGCUCUUGCAACUAAGAUCAUUUUCACCAAAAGAAGAAUGGAGAUUGGAUAGUCUUGAGCUAUAAGGAGACAAGUGUGACAAAGAUGUUGAGAAACCAGGAUCCACAUACAGGAAAUGGAGUGUGAAUGGGUGCAACAUUUCUGGAGAACAAUUUAACACUGUCAAGAUUUUAAAUACACAUAAUCUCCAUUUCUAAGUACUUCUCUUACAUGUAUACUUAGAAAUAAGCCAAUACUUACUACAGCAUUGUUUAUGAUAGCAAAUACAAGCAACCUAAUUUUUCAUUGAGAAAAUCUGGAUAACCCUGGAGUCAAUUCUUCCCCCCUUUUAUAGUUUCUAGGCAAAGAACUGACAGCAGGCUUAACUCAGUAAAAGAAUGGGCUGCCAGAUUUGUAAAGGCUUCUCUCUUCUAAUUUGCUGUGCCAAGAAGCUACCAUUGUUACGUAUUGUCUAGAUAUAUUCUG